CGGGAGGAUGCCAUAUUGGAAUGAGGCUUAGAAAAGAGAUCAGCUCCAGAAACUGGUCAGUGAAAAAGACCGGCUAACAUUGCUACUCUGGGUGAAAUAACUUGCUGCCGCCACUACCAAAUCGUGACGUUGUGACUGGAGACGACCUGGAAAGUGAAUAGGUUAUCAGAUGUAGUACCUCUCUUCACAAACCAGACAAUCAAAGGAGAAGCUAACAAUGACAAAGAGAUUGCUCUGGGCCACUCCUGGUGUCUGUUUUAAAGUGGUUUUGUUCAUCUACUAUGCCACUUUUCUGUUGGACAUAAAACCGUUUGAGUGGUAUGAACUAAACCAGAGGAAAUGGUUUGAAUGCUUCAAACAGACUUUAUUGGCCUUGGAACCAGAAAGCAGAAAAGCCUCUCUUUUAAGUAUGCAAGAAUCAACAACUUUGUUUUUAGAGAAGACUCAAAGUCCAAACAAUUUAAAUGGAGAGCAGUAUGACUCAGAUGUAGGCUCUGGAGGUGAGGACCUUGACUUCAACUGGGAUGAUUAUCUUGAAGAAACUGGUGCAAGUCCUGCACCGCACAACUCGUUCAAACAUGUUGAGAUCAGCCUUCAGAGUAGUUUCCAGCCAGGGAUGAAGUUGGAAGUUGCAAAUAAAAAUAAUCCUGACACCUAUUGGGUAGCAACAAUCAUCACCACAUGUGGUCAGCUUUUACUCCUGCGCUACAGUGGAUAUGGAGAUGAUCGCAGGGCAGAUUUUUGGUGUGAUGUCAUGACUGCUGAUUUACACCCUGUUGGGUGGUGUUCACAAAAUAAAAAGGCACUGAGACCUCCUGAAGGUAGGAUUUAUGAAUUCUAUGCCAUCAUAAGAAAUCAUUGA